UUUGGUAUACACUGAAAAACUGAAAAGCUUGGAUUAUGAUAAAAAUGAGAAAUUAAGAAUUAUCGAUAAUGUAUGGCUUUUGGAAUUAGGAAAUGAUUGGCACAACACACCUGAUAGAAUAAUAGAGAAAGGAUAUUAAAAGAUUGAUAUAACGGAGCAUAUUUUAGGGGUUUGUAAUUAAAAAUAUGAACGUAGUAUGUCUAGGAGUAGCGGGAUUUUUAUGGAGGGGUAUAAGGAUUAUAACGGUUCAGUAAUAAUUUCUGAAUAGGAGACGAAGCGUGACCGCGCUGACAAGGUCCCGCAGUGUUUGCCAAUAAUGUCACUCCCGGUGUAGCCAGUUUAAGGAACAGACGUAAAGUUUGAGUUAAAAAUUUUCCUAGUCUAAUAUUUUGCUUUCGAUUUUGUGGAUGGUGAUUUUAUAGAUACUGUGAAUUUUCUACGGCAGGUGGUACAAUAAUUAACAAGCUUGACAUGUAAACUGGGCCGAGCCAGUGCAAAAAAUGAACGACGUCAUAGUGGAAAUAUGACUGAAGGAACUAAUGCAUGUAGCCCAACGAGUAUUUUACAAACCAUCAACGACGAACCACAGAGUCACGGACGAUUGUAUGCUGAUGCUCAAACUGACAUUCAUUAUGUACAAUAUGAGAUCAGACAGCAGCAUGAAUGAAGUACAUAAUUAGGAAUCAGUUUACAAACAGCGAUACACAAAUUAUCGCGGGGAAGCAUUUCUUGAAUCGUCAUGUAAUAAGGCAAUUCAAUACAUCAUUCCUCGAUACGCCGCAAUCGAUGAUUUGUAAGGAUACUGCAGAUACUCAACAUAUGAGAGAAACUGUUAUCAACGAUGACUCCAACGUUUCGAAUUUUUUGCGAAUGAGCAUGGACUGUUAGCACCAGAUUAAUCCUUGGAAAAAAAAAGAAACGGAAAUCGUAUGGGUCGAAGAGAACGGAAGACCCAAUUCUUAUGAAAUAUCUUAUAGAGCGAAUAUCUGAAGAAUCAAAGACUCCGAUCAAAAUUCGAACAGUUCAUUAUGUCGAAAAUUGCAAAGUGUCAGCGGAAUUCAAACGCUCGGACGUCAAAGAACUCACGCAAUCGCCGUUCAAGGAGCGUGACUUCCACAAGAGGUCAACAAGUAUGCGACAGUUCUUCAUCGAAUGACGAUGAGAGACCCCCGUAUGUCGCCCCAUGGAAAUUACGCCGUAACAAACAGUCACAGAAUUCUCAAACUUCCACAAAAGAUCUGCUGUCUUCGCCUACUUACAUAAAGGGCUUUGAACUUGGUAAUGUAAAGUGGAGAGGACCACUGUGUAAUGCCGUUUGCGAGUCAUCAAGAAAGGGAAAAUUCGAAUACGGUUACAUUGACAGUCCUACGUGGAAGGACAGCAAAACAAAGCAGGAUUCGAAAUUGAAAUUAAUAGCAGAACCAAACUUAUUAAGAGUACAACAGAAGGAGAUUAUUGUACCGCCGAAAUUCAGAACGGAAUUGAAACCCGUCGAAACAAUGACUGAAAUAACAUCUGGUUACGACAGUGUCACAUUGGCUAAUGAAAAUCAAUCUCAAGGCAUCGCGGCGCCGAUUAAAGAAAUGAAAAAGAAUUUAUCCUUACAUAUAAAUUUGAAAACCCAAGAAAACUAUAGAGGUGGAAUUGAAACAGGAAAGGAAGAAGUUUCAGGAAAAGUUUCUCAAAGAAAUAAUUCACCCACGACGCCGUUAUCAGCAGCCAUUAGGGAUCUUAACGAAGAGAUUGAACGUUUGAAUUUUCGACCGAAUUUGAUGACUUCAAAGAAUACGAAAUCUUUUAUGACGCCGACUAGAAUUUAUCCUAAUUUAAGUGAAAUAAAAUUCACUGCCACUGCUGAUUCAUCAAGAAAAUUAUAUCAGUCUCCUGAGAGUCAAUGGAGUAACGAUGCUCAAUCGCUGUCAAGUAGUAAUGUAAACUCAUGUGUCAAAGAACGUUUCACAGAUUCAAGUCCCAAAUCAGAUACAUUUGUCAUUGAAAAUAUCGAUCAGUCCAUAUCCAUGCUGGAUGUCUCAUCAAAGAGCGAAGAAAGUACAUUCCUAUGCAACAAGGAUGUCACAGAGAACAAAGAUCAUAAUACAUGUUCAGAGGUAAAUACAACAGGAAUUGUCUACAACCAUAUGCCAAGAAGAUCACGCAAAAGUAAUUCAGUAUUGGUAACAGCUGAUAUUGUUUCGGAGAGUCCAAAAAUGACUCUCAAGUCUUUUACUGAACAAAAUCAGAAAACAAGUUUGUUCUGUAAAACAUCAGUAUCAGAGAAUACUAAGUCAAAUUUCGACACUUCAAGAAAAUCUUCAAAUAUAAAUUUAAUGACGAUAACUUCGCCAUCCAAUGCUGAAACUAUUGCUUCAAGUAUAAGUUUGUCGAACGCUUCUAGUAAUCUUUCGGAAAAUGGAGAUACUUCACAACAAUCAAAUUCAGGAAAUACUACAAUUAACUUUGAAGCUCAAAAAUUCUUAGAAGAAGCACUUGGCGAUGAACUAUACAACACCAGUGUCACUUAUACACAAUUUGAUACGCGAGACAGGACAGAAUCUCGUAUAAAUGCAAGCGAUUUGAUAUCCGAGGAGAAAACACCAGUUCCAUCACAAAAAUUUAGGAACAAUUCAAAAUCAUCAACGACUGAAACAUCAGUAAACGAAUUAUCGGUAACCGAAUCAUUACCUCAACAAAAUACUACCUUAAAUAGGACACAAACGAUUUAUAAGUCGCUCACGCAAAGAUUGAAAAAGAAAUUCAGAGCUGGUUUGAAAAUUCCACCAACUGCCUUUCCACCUGCACCAUCUUUAGCUUCAACCGGUGUUUUACUUGAAGAUCAAAGGACACAAUGUUUAUUACAGGAAGUUAUUACGCAACAAACAUUAAUGUACCAAGCUAGCAAAGCUUUGACUCUAUGUAGAUCCAUGAAAGAAUUCAUGGAAAGUCCUGAACAGGUGGAAUCUGAACGUGUCCUCCUGGUAGCAAGUCUCAGGAAGAAGGCGGCUACUGAUGAGAUGAGAAAGAUGAGUUUUGAACAGAACAACAAUGAGCUAUCUUGUGAGCGAGGUGAAGUCACUGUGAAAGAUAUAAGUUUACCAUUGCAAGAAAAUAAUCUUAAACUGGAAAAAGAUUCUGCGGAAUUUGUACAGUGGUUUGUAAUAGUCAUUUCUCACGGGCUUACCGUGUGGGCAACAAAUGCUAUUACCUGCCCGAUAAAUACUCCAGUAAUUCAUUUCCCAGGAUAUCUUACAAUACCAAAUCUCUGUCCAGAUUUUAAGCUGAACAUACAGAUUUAUACAUUAAAAUUGAGAAGAGUUACUUACAAUCAUGAACAAAAGUAUCAUUUAAAUAAAGACCAUAAGCAUACAACAUGUCCAUCGCCUAAGAAUUUGUUCAAAAAGACUGAGAGAUCACCAAUUUCUCCAAAAGAAAAGCAUAGCAAGUUUUCGGCAAUGAGAGAAACCUCGUUUAUUCUAUGCGGAUCUCUUACGUUGAAUCUGCACGAUUUGACGUUACAUUCGCCAUGGCCUUUAGCAGAUGUAUCCAUUGAUUCGGCUUUACGAGGUACAAUUAACUUAAAUCUCAGCUGCAAAUUACAUUUAUCUGUUUCCCAUGCGGGUUUCUUAACGCGCGGUGAUGAAGUUGGAGGACUUGGAGUAUGGAAUCGGCAAUGGUGUAUACUGGAAGGACAUAGCUUGAUGUUUUGGAAUUACCCACGUGAUCAAGAGACAAAAAAUCCUUUAUUGACCAUUGACUUAACGCAAUGCAUUUCUAAUAUGGUGACUACUGUGGAUAGAACGCUUUGUGCGAGACCCAGGACGUUGUUGAUUGAAACUGCUAGACCUAGAAGCACUACAGACAGAGACAAUAUGCUAGUAGAAUGUAGACAAUCAUGUACAAUUGUUAGAAAUAUAUUAUCCUGUGACACCGCCGAAGAUCUAGCAGAAUGGUCAUCAAAAUUAAAUCAUGUAAUUUCUGCACUAAGGGAGUGGAAUGUUAUAGCUGUAAGGCCGCAACCGCAAGUGUCUGAUUUAUGAAAUAGAAUGAAUAUUAUGUUGUGUCCAAGUCAUUUGUAUUUAAAUAUUAUGAUUAUUAACAUUGGACUGAUGAAUGUCAUCAAUAACUAUACACCGAUAAGGAUAUAUUAUAAAUAUAAGAUAUUUUACUACAUGAAUUCCUUCUACUAAAUGUAAAUAAAAAGUUCCUCUAUAGUUCAAUA